AUGGAAGAGAGCAAGAUGUUGGUGAAGUCUGACCUUGAAUCUUUUGAUAUUCAUUUGUCUCAUUCAUCUCCUAGCGCUGAUAGUACUAAUAAAAGCUUUGUGUCUUUUAAGAAGGAGGGUUGCAAAUCACCUUUAUCAUCGUGGGGUUCCAGACGUGAAAGUGAAAAAUGUUUCAGCCUCUCAGGAGAAUUGGACUAUCUUGGUAUGAUACAAAACCGGUCUUUCGAUGAUGGUUUAUUGUGGGAGAUGGAUAAAACAAGUUAUGAUGAGAAAGUUAUGAACUUACAUGUCACGCAUUUGGAAGAAGAGAUUAUCAAAUUGAAGGAUCAAGUUGAGAAUAGUGAAAACCAGGUUGAUGAUUUGUGGGGAGAAUUGAAGUGGAAGGAGGAAGAGUUGCAUAAUCUGAAAGAGUUUUCUGAAAUAGAGAUUUACAAAUUGAAGGCUCAAAUUGAGGAAAAUGAAAAUACAAUUUUAAGGAAGGAACUUGAGAAUAAGUCAUGUGAGAAUCAUGAAUUGCAUGGUCAGCUUAUAGAGGCAAAAGAAAAUAUGGCUGAAUCAGAUUUGGAGUUAGUUUCAGGGAGAAAGCAUAUUGAAAUACUAGAAAACUUGGUUAUAAUAUAUGAGCAAGAGGUGCAAAAAUUGGAAUCUAAAAUGCUUGAUUCACGGGAUAACUUUUCUUUGGAGAAAGAUGAGUUGCAUUUUGCUAUUGCAAGUUUGUUGAAAACGAAAAUAGAACUGACCUCUACAUUGGCCAAUUGUGUGUUUAGAAACAAAGAAUUGGAAAACAAGUUAAGGCAAUAUGAAGCUGAAAAGUUGAAGCAAGAAGAGCUACAAGUUACUCAACAAGUAGUUUUGCAAGAUGAAAACAAUUAUUUGUGGGAAGAACUUGGCAAGAGAACAGAAGAUAUAGAAGCUGUGACUAAGGAGCUGUAUAUGGUAAUGAUUGAAAGAGAUGAAGCCAAUGUCAAGAUUGAUAGGCUUGAGGCUGAGAUAUGCACCCUCAUAUGUGAAAUAUGA